UAAUUGCUGCGCGUUUAUUCCGAAGGAAUUCCGGACUGAAGCCAGAAUUACAUCCUCAGCUGGUUGCCAGUUGCAUGAUGGUUUUCGAUAUGGGCUGACGACAUUUCAAGAUGGCUGAAAGUGAAACCUGUUGCCGAGCUGAAGGCACGUCGCCGUCGGCACGCUCGGCUGGAUCCAGUCGGUGCCCGAGGAGCGUGCGGCGGUGGCACAGAUUCCGCGUACCCCGGCGGCUCGCGGUGCUCGGAAGUUUGUGGCCAGUCGCGCCGGGGAAAUGCAGGCCCGUCUCCGCCGGCCGUCUCCGGACAUUCCAGCGGCGUUUCGUGACGGCCCGGCCGUGAGGCGGCGCUCCGUGACGGCCGCGACAUCCGUGACGAACCGGCGGCCCGGCCCGGACCGGCGGCCGCUUCCGGGGGCCGGCUGCUCGGCGCCCUCUUCGACAAAGGGUUAAUGAUGUCCACUGUGAUUAAUGCAGCCGGCUCUUUGUCCGGGCUAAUGGCCGGGGCCGGCGGCCGGACGGCGGAGGGGGCGGGCCGGCCGGCGGUGGCAGCGCGCCGGCUCUGAGCAAAGGUCCAUCUCUCGGCGCUCAGAGGCGGCCGGCGCUCGCGCGUGUCUGUCUCUGCCGACCAAGUUCGAUCGGCUGCAAUCUGUCGCCGAUCACUGCCGCUGUCAGGCGGAGGUUGACGGCGACAUCCUGUCGACCAAUGAGCGUCCGGCAGCCGGCCGACCGGCAGCCAAUGGGCGGCUCGACUGCGGCGCCGGCCGCGGCGACGAUGGCCCCGCGCCGCGCCGCCAGUGGUGUCAGCAGCUCGCUGUGGGUGGGGGUACGCUCGGCGGUCGGCGGUGACCCGGUGAUGGUGCGCGGUGACCGGUGACGGCGACAGGUGACCGCUCCGGUGACAGUGCAGCGGUGUAACGAGUGGGUUGCGCAGCGAUCAUGCGGCGCGGCGCGCGGGCGCACCUCGACCAGCAGCACGGCGCGCCGGCCGGACUCUGAACAAUGCACCUGCUGGGCACACUGCUGUGCCUCACCGUCGUCUGGGAAGCGACCGGCGCCAUAUCGUGGCUAGCGUUUAAGCACGUUGAGCCAGAGACGUGGAACUCGACCCGGCUGUGUCACCUGUCGCGGAAGCACCACGGCUUCGUGAACCGCCAGGUGAAGUUGUGUCGCAAGUACCGCGAUGUCAUGCGCCACGUGCACACGGCCAGCCACCAGAGCGCCGCCACGUGCCAGGCGAUAUUCGCCAAACACCGCUGGAACUGCAGCAGCAUCAACCUGGCGCCCAGCUACCUGCGAGAUUUGACGGCAGGGACGCGUGAGCAGGCGUUUGUGUACGCGCACAGUGCCGCCGCUCUGAUGCACUCUGUGGCGCGCGGCUGCAGCGCCGGCACCAUAUUCUACUGCGGCUGUGGGCGGACGCCGCGACGCGCGCCCGACGGAGACUUUAAGUGGGGAGGGUGUGGAGACAACACCAAAUUCGGCCGGCGCUUCGCCAGGAAGUUUGCCGACUCGGCCGAUCGGAGAAAAUCAAAACGAAGGACGCCUGAAGAGAGGCUCCGAGCCAAAGUGAAUCUGCAUAAUAACCGAGCGGGCAGUAAGGCCGUGCAAAAGUCACUGCGAAAACAGUGCAAAUGCCACGGCGUGUCCGGCUCAUGUAACAUCAAGACGUGCUGGCGGGCACUACCGGACCUGCACAGGAUCGGGCAGCGACUGCAGCGACGGUACCGCAACGCCAUCGAGGUGUCGAUGCGUCGCGUGGGAGCCCGGUGGCAGAUGGCGCCUGCCACCACAGCCAUGGGCCGCUUCAGUCACGAGGACCUUAUCUACAACGCCAAGAGUCCCGACUACUGUGUGCGGGACCAGUCGUUCGGGAGCCUCGGCACGGUCGGAAGGCAAUGUAACGCCUCGUCGACGUCUCACGACGGCUGCAAGUCCAUGUGCUGCGGCAGGCCGUACAACACGUUCACAGUGGAGCGCAUCGAGCGCUGCCAGUGCAAAUACGUCUGGUGCUGCUACGUCAAGUGCAAAACGUGCAAACGCUGGGAGGACGUUCACGAGUGCACGUGAGACGAGCCGAAGAGUGCGACCGGCGCGGUGACCGCUACGGGGACCCUCAGACGGAGCCGUGACGUCACCGGCCGGCGGCCAAUCACACGGCAGGUGACACAGCGCGGUCGGCAGUGAACAUGGCGUCGGUCGGCCGGGACGGGCCGACCGACCGAUAGACGGACUCUCUGAGACCAAAUGUGGGGCGGUACUGACCAAUGUGAGGCAGUGUUGACCAAUGUGAGACAGUGUUGACCAAAUGUGAGAUAGUACUGACCAAAUGUGCGGUAGUGUUGAUAAAAUGUGCAGUAGCGUUGACCAAAUGUGAGCGUUGCUGACCUAUUAUGAGCCGCUUGGAUCACUAGUGACCGAUGUUGAUCAGUCGGUGGGCGGCGGCCCUACCGUGGCGUCCCGUGUUGUGACAGCUCCGUUGACAGCUGCGUUGACGGAUGUGUCGGGCGAAGCGAGUGGCCGGUGGGAGGUGUCCGGCAGUCCAUGUCAAUGUGCACAAUAUGACCGAUCAUGUCA